CGCGAUUUUAUCGCGUCCCCAUUGGCUGGAACCUCCCAUCUCGUCUCGUUGCUUUCAGCUUCUCCAAAGUCGAAAAAAGGGCUACGCUUACUGCCACAGUCCAGAACGCGAGGUUCAAACUUUCCCCAAAAGGUGUAACACUGCAAUGGGCCUGUGCCAUGUGCCAAUGGUAACGUGACAUGCUUGGCGGCGAAGGCGAUGUCGGUGUGUGGAAUGAAUGCCAAGAGCGCAUCUCCGAACUCGACAACAUCACCGAUCUAGAACAGGGACGACACAGAGAAACCAGGAUGUCGUUCAACAGCGAGACCAUAGAGAGUAUGCGUGCUAGCAGCGCGUUUGCGGACCUUCUCCAGCGGCUGAGUCUUGCGGACCCCACGUCCGAAAGGGAUGGUAGUACUUCCAAUGAUACCGGCAAAAAGUUUGGGGCACAAAUAACACCAACAGUCGAUUAUACCCUCGCCAGAGAGCAAACGGAACUCUCCAGUCAGCGCUCCAGCCUGGACUUUUCAUUUUCGUCGCUACAUAUUUCUGCGGAGGAAUGGGAGGAGAUCGACCGAGAAAGCUCGGGUAUUGCAUCUACAGUAUUACCACCAAAGGACGACACGGACGUCUCUUUAACAGUGUCCAAGGCGUCCAGAGCCGAGACAGCCGUCGAUGCGGUCAAUAUUGAAAUCUCUCGCCAGGUUCCAGCCCACGGCAAGUUCAAGUAUUCGCCGUCAGUGCUCGCCCACCAUGCUAAUACUGCAUGCGAGAAAAUGUUACAUCUAAAGGGGGCGCAACUGUGGCAAGAAGCCCUUCAGCCAAAACCAGGACAUACCGACAAUGGCCGCAGCAGAGAACCAGCAACCAUUGCAGAGGCAACCAUGACGCGGGGCAUAGUUUUCGAGAGCCGCCUUCAGGAGAGCAUACCGAAGAAAGUCGACUGCGAGGCUGAACAGGACAAGGAUUCGUUCUUCCGUCUGGCGAUCAGUGAUUAUGGCACCACGCUUUGUCAGGCGAUUUUUUCGCUCGACGACAGCUUUUACACCCCGGAGAUGAAGGAGGCUGGGAUUGUUUUUGGGCGAUUUAUCCCAGAUUUUAUCAGAAUCUUGCGAGGGACACUGCGACCGGACGGGACACACAAAAAGAGGUUGUAUAUCAUUGAUGCCAAGUCAUCCUCAUAUAUCAAAGUCAGCCACCAGUUCCAAGUAACGCUGUACGCCAUCUUUCUCGACCACCUCAUCAAACUGCACGGGCAGCAGGAUCUUGUAGAAGUCGAUUUCCGGGGCGGUGUCUGGAUUCCGCAGCACGAGGAACCAACGACCUUCUCACUCGCGUUCAUGCGACCAGUCGUGGAAGAAUUUAUUUUCAGGGACUUACCCGCUAUAUUGAAGAAGCCCCUUCGGUCUGUUGUUUGGCACAUCGACAACUCUUGCCAUCAAUGCGAGUUCCUUCCCAGAUGCAAGGGGGAUGCUCUUGAGGAAAAGACCCUCUCGGUGAUCCCUCUGCUCUCCAAGAGGUCGGCCCUCUGGAUAAAAUCGAUGUUCAAGACAUCCGUUGCUCCACAAACAGAGAUCGAAGAUCUUGAGGACCUGAUAAAAGAUCAUGCCCACCUUAGUGACCUGCACAAGUCGUCCUUUACAAAGGUGCUUCAUAUGAACGAAGACAGAGACAGUGUGCUGUUGGCCUCUUAUCGAGAGCGUGCGGUGAAGGUUCUGCCUCUUCGGACACUGGACCUGCCAAGACAGUAUUGGGAUCGGCUCUUUAUCAAUAUCCUGACAGAUCCGAUGACAUUACUACCGUACGGUUAUUCGCUGGAUACGUUCAAAGAGCGAUCCACCUAUCCAACGCGCUCUGUCUCUAAGGUCAUUCCGUACUCGCCAUAUCAAGAUUCCACUCGAGCUCCUGCUCACAUCCAACUGACGUUAGAGUUGGUCGAUACCCUAUACGAAUGUCUUCUCCAUAUAUCAGAAAUCAAGCCGAAGCCACCUGUCCUCUCCAUCUUUUUCUAUAGCCAGGCUAUGCAGUCGGAUCUCCACGCGUUAUUGCUCAAAGUCAUCUCACACAAGCCAGAGGGCGUAUACACUUGGCCUGCUGUGAUAAGAAGCCGGGCCAUGGAUCUGCUUACAAACAUGUAUGAAGAUCCUAGCUUCCUCACGCUUUCGGAAAUCGCAGGAACCAAUAUCAGGCUGCCAGAUAUGUUGCAGCUCACUCAAGGCUAUAAAAACAGCUAUCCCAUGCACGACAAACGACUUUUCUCGAUCGAAACCGCCAUCCAGAGAUUCUUGGUCCUCCCGGUCAUUGGAUCGUACUCGUUCAAGGAUAUUAUGACCCAUCUUGUCGAUGUUGAGGCGCCAGCGAUUAUCUCUGACAGGGAUCGUGACGACGAUGGGUACAACCUGGACGCCUUCUAUCAGCGUUGGACCAACGGUACAAGUCCAGGGGAUGUCCAACUGCAAAUUAAAAAGUGGGCAGAGCAGCAGAAUAUAAUCCUUAUUUCGUUAUAUUCGUUGGUCCAACAAGAAUGCGGAGAUCUGUCAAUGUUUCUCCUGGCUCCUCAGACCUCAUUCAAAAUGAGACGGCACCUCAAAAUCCAGCAUACCGUCUUGGCACAGUUUGCGUUCUUCCAGCAGUGGGAGGCCAUCGUGCUCGCCGAGAAGAGGCGCUGGAUGCGGAUCACCCAGACAAGGGACGAGGCUAUGCACAAUCAGUACCUCUUUCGGUGUCGCUUCUUGAGGAGACACAUCGGACCGCUACCGGGCGCAGAGCCAAGCACACGGGCGGUGUCGCGGACGCCCUCCAACACUCCAUCGUCGGAAUAUAUUGGCAUGUUUGAGGUAACCAGUAAGCUGGAGCCAGGUGUCUUUGUAGGCGAUACGUUCAAGAAAUGGAUCCUUAGCCCUGACAAUGCAGCGGGUCUGAGAGAAAGGAUGCAGUUUGACGAUAUCAGCGCGCUAUUGCGAGGCUAUGGACGGGGCUCGCCUGCAAUCGCGCAUGUUGCUCACUACGAUCCCGAGUUCAAGAUCGUAUAUGUGAGCGGCGCUUACAGCAACAUGACUGAGGCCUUGGGGUUGACCGAAGGCGAGUAUUACCUCCUGGAGCGCCGAGAAUUUUGUCCGACAUUGACCACAUCCAUGGACAAGCUGGUUGAGAUAAACGGGAACUGUCGCCUCUUCUUAGAAUUGAUGAGGGAUCCGAAUAAGUGGGGACUGCAGCGUCCAGAACAAUAUAUGGAUAUCUUUUUAGAAUCGAUGACCAGGCCUGCGCGACAGUAUGAUAUGACGAUCUCGCAAGAACAGGCCUUUUCAAAAGUCAUCAAUAAUCGCAUGCAAGUCAUUUGGGGACCUCCUGGCUCAGGAAAAACUCACUUCUUGGCGCUUGCUGUUCUGAGAUUCAUCGACAUUUUACGCAGUCUAUCAAACAAAGAGAAGGGACAAGGCCCGCAGACGAUCGUCCUCACUGCAUUCACGCACACCGCCAUCAACAACCUGGUGGCACGAGUAGCCAAGCUGCACGAUCUGAUCGCUCCCCAUAUGGAGUCUGAGCCUCUCAUUCGACCUUUGGUCCUCUACCGCCUCGGAGACCCAUCCUCGAUUAACAUCAAGGGAGCCACGGUCGUUGAUCCCCUUAACCUCACAAAACUUCAACGACAGGUAGAGGAUGACGGCAACCCGGACAUUGUACGCGUUGUCUGCGGUACAGUGUGGCAGAUCCGAAAGGCGGCGCAUCCUGAGAAAGGAGCUGAAUAUAUGCGCAAUAUCCAGAUGUUGAUGAUUGAUGAGGGCAGUCAACUGCUGGCGGCGGAUGCAAUCCAUGCGAUCGAGUGCCUCGAUCCUGAACGCGGGCGACUGAUCGUGGCAGGAGACCACCUGCAGUUGGGACCCGUCAUUAUGGGAACCUAUCCAGCGUCGGAGCAUGCUAUCGAUGCGACGGGCUCGAUCAUGAAGAACUUGAUGCGCAAGCGAGAUAACACAUCGGUGUCAUUGGAGUGGAUCGAAGGGUCCGUCGCAAUGGAUAUUGGACCAUGCACCUCUCAGCUCCAGGAAAACUUUCGCAUGAAUCGACAACUAGGAACAUUCAUGCAGAGGGUUUAUGGACCCAGCUACCAAGUGCAGACACCGGGUAAAUCGCUACCUUACAGUGGUGGUUUCCGAGGCUCAUCCUUCCCACCCGAGAUCCGUCGCACAUUGGACCCGGAUAGGUCGGCCAUCUGCAUCGAACUUCAGCUCACAGACGAUGCAUGUCAAGAGUCUGUCAGUGUGCGCAGCGACUCUAGGGCAGCCGCGUACCUCGAAGCUGUAUUCGUUGCAGGCAUUGUUGAGUAUUAUCUCGAGAUGGUCGGACAAGACACUAUCACGAGUCUCUUUGUGGCAGUACCCCAUCACAUCCAGCGACUCGCGAUCCUCGAUAAGAUUCAACUACCAGAGCUGGAGCAAAAGUAUCCUCUCGCGCAAAUCAAGGUCGACACGAUCGAGAAGAUGCAGGGCCAAGAGGCUGAUCUAGUGGUGGUGUGCUUUGCGCUCUUUAACGAGUCCACGUUGGUCAAUGAGUUUGCGUAUUUGUACUCGGUACACCGCUGGAUUGUGGCGCUGUCGCGGGCUAGAUGUAAGACUGUCCUGUUGUCGACACCCCAGUUGAAGUCGCCCAAUAUCAUGGGUGGUGCGGGGAAGGCGAAUCCAGGUGAUUUGGAGAGUCUGGACGGGUGGGGCCUUUUGCAGGCGUAUGAUAAGUAUGCGGAGGACCUUGGAGGAAAGCUCGUAUGGCCGGUCAGUCGGGAGUUUCUGCAGGGUAUUGGUAUGCAAGGCGCCUGAGGUGGGAUGUUCAUUGAGAGUUUGAGACAUGAUCGGGAUAAACACCCCACAAGUAAAUAGCACCGCCCUGUGGGCGCAGUUUUUUUAUAAGUGUGUCGUUUGCUCCAUGCAUGAUGUCCGCAUGGGAGUGCCCAUCUAAAACAGUGGGGAGGUAAAAAAUUGAGAGCCGACCCAAAAGAGAGCAAUCCGCAUAAUCAUACUGCAGAGUUCUCGUGUUCACGGCCUCUAGACCCUC